AAAUAGUCCAUUGAAUAAUGUUUUGUGGAACGUACAGGAAAACCACUUAGUCGCCGAUUUUGUUUACGUUCAACUGCAGACGUGAAACUACGCGCUAAUCCUACAGUUACACAGUGAUUUUUAAAAAUAAAUCAUCGUUUUUAAAAUCAGGUGGAUUGUUAGCGAUGAAUAAGGAACAAUCAAAAAAGCUUCAUAUACCUUUUCCGACAGGUCCACACGCAACAGGAUGUAUGGAAUUGAUGACAGAAUAUUCUGAAGAAGGGUGUUUUACGAGAGUAUUUUAUCCAACUAACAUUCCAUCUGACCAAUUGGAUAAAUACUCGGAUAAAUGGGUUCCAUGGAUUCCAAAUGAAAUGUAUUUGAAAGCAUUUGCCAAUGCUCUUCGUUUACCUUAUUUCAUAUUCAAGUAUGUUCCACCACUCAUUGGUCAAGCACCUUACUACAUACCAACCAUUAGUGAUGCACCGAUAUCGGACAAAGAACAAUCGUAUCCCUUUAUCAUAUUUUCACAUGGUUAUGCUGCGACGAGAUUCGUUUGCUCUGAUUUUUGUAACACUUUGGCGUCAUAUGGAUUUAUAGUUGCUGCAAUUGAACAUAGAGACAAAUCAUCGCCUAUUACGUUUUAUUAUGAUUCUCCAGAAAGCGCAGAGCAGAACAUUCCCACGUGGAUCAAUCAUCGACAUUUCCAUAAAACAUACAACUCGGAUAAUUAUAUUUUGAAAAAUAACCAAUUAAAAGUUCGGCAUAGAGAAUGCACCAAACUUCUGAAUACAUUUUUGGAUAUCAAUGCUGGCGUUUCCGUGAAAAAUGUACUCAAAUCGUCAUUUGAUCUAAAACAAUUGAAAAGCAAGAUUGAUGUUAACAAAAUAAUAACAUCUGGAUAUUCAUUUGGUGGCGCAACUGCGAUGUAUAAUGCAUGUCAUGACUGUCGUUAUAAAGUUGCUAUAAUUCUCGAUGGUUGGAUGUUUCCGUUAAAAUCAGAACCACUUUUGAACAUUCAACAACCAAUAUUAUUUGUCAACACACACACAUUCCACUUUCCAGCCAAUAUAAGAUUUAUUCGCCAGUAUUUCCAUACCAAAGGUAUUCGAAAACUAUACACAAUGAAAAAAACUACUCACGAAAGUCCUUCUGAUACAGCUUUCAUACAUGGCCACUGGUUAGACUUGCAAAUGCUGAAGAAGUUAGAUGCUAAAACGGCAUUAAAUUUGCAGAGUAGUCUGGCGAUACAAUUUUUAAACAACACAAUCGGUUACCCGAUAAAUUCUGACAAAGCUCAAAUAUUUAUAAAAGAAAAUUCUGAUAACUUAGUAGAAGACCUAAUUAGUUACACAAAAAAACCUAAACAAAAUAUCGGUAUUUACCCUUGGUAAACACAGCAAAUAUGUAGAAAAAACUUGAAAAAUAACUACAUACCUAGUUUCUUUUUUAGCACAUUUUUAACUAAUUUUUGAAAUGUAAUGAAUAA